AUGCCAUCUUUCCCCAUCUUAAACAGCUUUGGGAAGCUGUGUGGCUCAGGUGAAGAACUGGUGCUGGAAAAAGUGAAAUUUCGAAAUUCAGUCAGAAGGAUGUCAGUAAUUGAGGAUGGGGAUAUUGCAGAGGUCUUGUAUCUCAUUCCCAAGCAGAGCUUGCUGAAGCAACUGCCCUACUUGAAUCCAGAUGACUACUACUUGUGUGAGCAGCUAUAUGACACUCCUGAGCAUCUGGUGGCCCAUCCUCAGGAGCCCCACCACCCCUCUGAGAAGCCAGUCAUCCACUGCCACAAGUGUGGGGAGCCUUGUAAAGGUGAAGUGCUCCGAGUUCAAGCCAGACACUUCCACAUCAAAUGCUUCACCUGCAAAGUGUGUGGCUGUGACCUGGCACAAGGAGGCUUUUUUAUUAAGAAUGGAGAAUAUCUCUGCACCUUGGACUACCAGCGCAUGUACGGCACCCGCUGCAACGGCUGCGGCGAGUUCGUGGAAGGCGAAGUAGUGACAGCCCUGGGGAAAACUUACCAUCCAAGCUGCUUUGCCUGUACUGUCUGCAAGCGUCCAUUUCCACCAGGAGAUCGAGUUACCUUUAAUGGAAGGGACUGUCUCUGUCAGAUGUGUGCUCAGCCGAUGUCCUCCAGCCCAAGAGAACUGUCUGCCUCAAGCAAUUGUGCUGGCUGUGGAAGAGACAUCAAAAAUGGACAAGCACUGCUAGCCCUGGACAAGCAGUGGCACCUGGGGUGCUUUAAGUGCAAGGCCUGUGGGAAGGUCCUAACUGGGGAAUACAUCAGCAAAGAUGGUGCUCCUUACUGUGAAAAGGACUACCAAGUUCUUUUUGGAGUCAAGUGUGAAGCAUGUCACCAGUUCAUUACUGGGAAAGUCCUAGAGGCAGGUGACAAGCAUUAUCAUCCAAGCUGUGCACGAUGCAGCAGAUGCAACCAAAUGUUCACAGAAGGAGAAGAAAUGUAUCUGCAAGGUUCCACUGUCUGGCAUCCCGACUGUAAGCAAUCCACUAAGACUGAGGAGAAGCUCCGGCAUUCCUCAUCUGAGUUCUUUUACCCAAAGAGUCUGGUUCUGCGCAGGCCACGCUCUGCAGAGCCUACAAGAACAUCAUCAGAAAGCAUUUAUUCCAGACCAGGUUCCAGUAUACCUGGCUCUCCGGGCCACACUAUCUAUGCAAAAGUAGACAAUGAAAUCCUUGAUUACAAGGAUUUAGCAGCCAUUCCCAAAGUCAAGGCCAUUUAUGACAUUGAACGUCCAGACCUAAUUACUUAUGAGCCAUUCUACACCUCCGCCUACGAGGACAGACAGGAGAGACAGAGUCUUGGAGAGUCUCCAAGGACUUUAUCACCCACCCCUUCUGCAGAAGGCUACCAGGACGUUCGGGACCGCAUGAUUCACAGGUCUACCAGCCAGGGCUCCAUUAACUCUCCCGUGUACAGCCGGCACAGCUACACCCCCACCAUGUCACGUUCCCCCCAGCACUUCCACAGACCCGGCAAUGAGCCGUCCAGCGGUCGGAACUCCCCUGUCCCCUAUCGGCCUGACAGUCGCCCUCUCACUCCAACUUACGCUCAGGCCCCUAAACAUUUCCAUGUUCCAGAUCAAGGUGUCAACAUUUACAGGAAACCGCCCAUCUACAAACAACACGAUGCAGCUGCCUUGGCAGCACAGAGCAAGUCCUCCGAGGAUAUCAUCAAGUCCUCCAAGUUCCCAGCAGCUCAUGCACCAGCACCCAACGAGAUACCAAAGAUUGAGACUGACCACUGGCCAGGCCCUCCCUCCCUGGCUGCCCUAGGAGCUGACAUGAGACGCAGAUCAAGUGGAAGGGAGGAAGAUGACGAGGAGCUGCAGAGACGCCGGCAGCUGCAGGAGGAGCAGCUCAUGAAGCUCAACUCUGGUCUGGGGCAGUUAAUAUUGAAGGAAGAGAUGGAGAAGGAGAGUCGCGGUAGGUCAGCCCUUUCUGCCAGUCGUUACGAUUCUCCAGCACAUGCUUCAGCCUCCAAAACCUCUUCUCUCCCUGGGUAUGGAAAAAAUGGACUUCACAGGCCGGUCUCUACGGAUUUUGGUCAGUACAACAGUUAUGGGGAUGUGAGUGGUGCUGUUAGAGAUUUCCAGUCCCUCCCGGAUGGUCAUGUCCCUGGAAUGAGAAUGGACAGAGGAGUGUCUAUGCCUAACAUGUUGGAGCCAAAGAUUUUUCCAUAUGAAAUACUCAUGGUGACCAACAGAGGGCGAAAUAAAAUACUAAAAGAUGUAGACAGAACCAGGCUGGAGCGUCACUUAGCACCUGAAGUUUUUCAAGAAAUAUUUGGCAUGACGAUACAGGAGUUUGACAAGUUACCUCUCUGGAGACGCAACGACAUGAAGAAAAAAGCAAAACUCUUUUAAUCUCCCUCUAAACAAACCAACCACAAAUGAUGCAUAGAAUAUUGUAUCACACAGUCCAAACUGUUUGGAAGCAACUACUUCUCCACCAAAAAGGGAAAAUCAACACAGUGGCACCUCUGCAGUUGAACAAGAUCAACAAUUGCCCUCCUGGAAUUCAGGGAGAAAAUAUCUGGGCUCAGAAACAGCACUGAUAGUUUUCAGAGGUGUCAACCUGUUACCUGAUAUUGUACAAGCUAGAAAACUGUUCUGUUCUUCUCCCUCAGUGAUAUUCCCUUUACUUCUCUCCACAAUACGAUGGACUUUAUUGCUAGAGCCAGGAAGUGCCCUUAGGAUGCCUUGUAGACUAAAGUAGUUGUAACCACUCCAAGAACUGGAAGAGAAUAUAUACAUAUAUAAAUAUAUAUAUAUAUAUAUAUGUAUGCGUGUUUGCCUGUGUGCACACAUGUAUUUAUAUCUCUCCAUCUAUCUCUGUGUGUGUGUAUGUGUGUAUAUAUGUGUGUAAAUAUGGAGAGGGACAUAGGUAGGUCUGUAGUGAAGGAGAAGCCCCUUGUAACUUAUCCACAUGAUCACAUCAAGUCUUUCACCCAGCAGUUUCUUACUUGGCACUCUUUUGACACAGUGUCUUCUUCGUGUAACACAGCCUGUGGUGGUGGGCACUCUGCUCACCUGCAGGACACACCACUUGGAUUUCUGGAAAAUGGACUCCUUGUAAAUAUUUGCUAGGAUAUAAGAAGUGAAUUGCUGUGUGUGUGUUGUCAGUCUUCCCUCUUCCACACUUUCUGCUUGAAUUAAUAAGGCUGGAGCUUAACCAGUCCUUUGAAUAAUUUAAGAUCACUUCAGUAAUGGGAAUGAUGGAGAAGAGUCAGUUUUCUUGUAAUUUACUCCAGGAGGUGGGUGCAUGGGGGGUGGGAGUGGCAGAGUGAAAAAAUGCUAUUUUAAGUGUGCCCUGGUUUGCACCCAGAGAUUUCAGGACGAACUCCCUGCUAGCAAUUGCUAGUACAGCUCAUCAGGCUGCAGUGGAGUUGUUGGAUUUUACAAUGGCAGGGAGAAUGGUUCUCUGCAAGCUAACAUGCAAAUUCAUCCCUCUUAGGGAGGAAAUGUUUAUGAAUUAAAAGGUACCAUCGAGGUGCCAAGCUCUGCCAAUAGAGGCUUUUUGAUUAAACUGCAGUAGCUGUUGUCAAUAUGGCACAGUGCAUGGGGCCAAGCACUCAUUUUAGUUCAUGUAGGUUUUCACUCGUGCUUGGAAAAGAGGGCACAGACUUUUUUUUCUCCUCUCUUGAAGCAUCAAAGCUCCAGCCUUGGUUAUUUUUAUUUCCCUUUGUGCCUGACUUGGUUUUUGAAGACAGAAUAAUCAUGCAAGACAGUUUCUGAGCUGCAUUGAACUCCUUAUUGCUUUCAGUCUUCUUCCAAUAUGCUGCAGCUUGAAAAACUGCCUGUAUAUACCUUAACUGCUUCUGGGCAAGUCCUAUGCAGAGGAGGACACGAGCACCAAAGUAAUUGAAUGGAUGCAGUGUGGCUGCUUUUUCUCUUCCUUGGUGCUUAACUGCCAAUGCAUAACUGCACUAAUCAGCCCAUCUCCUGGUGGGAGAGGGUCAUUUAGGUUCUGUGUCUGUCAAAGAAUAUCAAGGUUUCCUUUUUAAUGCAGAAACUUCAGGCACUGGAGACAUCAGAACCUUUGUAUUUUCUGUUCUAUGAGACAUUGGUGUUAAAAUCUGGAAGUCAGGAAGAGGAAACAGUCCCAUGUAGUUCUGAGAUUCAGUAUCACUGUGUUGAGUUCUCUGUAUCACCAAAUGACAUUUCACCAUGAGCUGUGCAGGACAGCCCAAGCCCUGCUGCUUCUUUGCUGGUUUAGGAAGUCCUGUUGUGACAGAUCACUGUGGUUCCUUUGAUAAAAUCUAAGAUGAAGAUUCAGUAGGGCAGAGACAGAGACCAGGGCUCAGCACCUGCUCCAUGUCCCUAAGGGAAUGUGGGUCUGUGGGACAGCCUGGAGAACGUGCCACCAAGGGUCUGGCACCAUCCCCACUGAGCAGAAGUCCCUGGGGACACUGUGACACACACACACACUUGUGAGUGAGCUCUCUGGCUGGCACCGAGGUUGCAGCAGGGAUCAGGGUAAUGUAUUUCACCUCAUUUUUCAGAACACAGAUCUGAAAGGUUUUUAGAGGAGCUCUGAGAAGUAAACGGCAGUGUCAGGCGCUCAAAAUGCAUCUUUGAGUGACUGCUGAAAGCAAAUCCAUACAGUGAAAGAAUAGCAGUGUUUUACACUCACAGACUUCGUGAAUGCUGGGGUCUCAAAUUCAGUGUUUGGUCACCUGCAAGGUGUGGCUUAACUUUGAGACAAACAUUUGAAUUUUAAUGCAUUUAAAUUAUUAAAAUUCUCUGCAUUUUGUCAUCCCACAUCCUACAGACACUCAAACUAUUAGGCAUCACAGGUCUUUUAGUUCAAGUCACCUUGACUAUAUCCCUUUUAGACCUGAGGAGUUGCUCUUUCAAGGAUGUGAGCUGCCAGUCUGCAUUUUUCUGUCUCCCAUCUCCAGGUUACUACUGAACUUCUCACAGCACAUAUGAACACACUACCCAGUCAUUUCAGAAGUGACUAAGCCAGGUUGUUUUCUUACCUCUCCCUCCUAUGCAAAAAAAAAAAAAAAAGAAAAAAAAAAAAAAGAAAAAGAAAAAAAACAA